UCCAAUCAAUCGCGAGACCAUCUCAUCCCACUCCGACGGUCCGACCGACACCCGCCACAAUCCUCCGGGCGAAUGCUCCGUCGUGCCUGCGCGCGCGAGCUCACGUGGUCGGUGCUCGAAUCUCCCACACCCCCCCCCCCGUGUGAGACUCUCCCGUUCCCGCCGCCCCCGGCCGGGGCGGAUCGGGUUGCCCCUGCGGCGUCCUAAAUGUGUCGGUGCGUUCUUCUGCUCCGGUGAUUUGCCCAGCCUCUGUUAGCGCGUGAAGUCGCCGUCGGCCCACGCUCCAAACGGGGUGGCGUGGGAGGCCGCGAUGUUUUGGAGGGACAGCGGCGGACGGAGCAGCGGCGGCGGCGGCCUGGAGCAGAACGGUGUGGGUCCCUUCGGCCAGGUGCGCGUCCUCGUCGUCGGCGAUUCAGAAAAAGAUCAAACUAUUCUCCCAGUACAACUUUUGCAACCAAAAGAACACCCUGAACCUGAAGUGAACUGGCAUUUAUCAAGGGCGAGACACCAUAAGUGUCGGGAAAUCCUCUUUGGUGCAUCUCAUUUUAAAGGGUUCUGCUAUUGCUCGACCAGCCCAGACAGUGGGAUGUACGGUUGGUGUGAAAGGGGCUCUUCUAAUAACAUCAUUAAUGAUGUUCAAAGGAACUUCUUUGUUGAGCUUUGGGAUGUUUCAGGACAUGAACGCUACAGAGAAUGCCGUUCGAUUUUCUAUACACAAAUUAAUGGUGUAAUAUUUGUUUAUGAUCUCUCUCAGAGGAAGACCAAAACAAAUUUGAAUAAAUGGGCAGUUGAAGUUGCUGAAACUGGCACCUUUUCAGCUCCUCUCAGAUCUGGUGGACCAGGUGGGCUUCCAGUGCCUUACCUUGUAAUUGCUAAUAAAGUGGAUCUUGUUCCGAGAGAUGGUUCUAAAGUUAGCAGUGGAAGCCUUGUUGAUUACGCUCGUCAGUGGGUUGAGAAGCAGGGCCUGCUUCCAAGUAGCGAAGAACUUCCACUGACGGAGAGCUUUCCUGGGAGCUCUGGUCUCCUCUCGGCUGUCAAAGAAGCAAGAUAUGACAAAGAGGCCAUGAUCAAGUUCUUCCGCAUGUUGAUCAGGAGAAGAUUUUUUUCAAAUGAGCCUGCUGCCCCAAGUCCCUGGUCUGUUACUCCGAGAGAAGAUAGCAUCCUUCCUGUAGAGACUCUCAAAGAAGAGGUUGAUAGCUUUCAAAGGAAAAGCUACAGCGGCGAGGACUUCAUGUACAAGGGAGUAACCCCGCUUCCUGCUCAGAGGAGUCUCGCAUCGCCACCAGAUCUCAGUCCACAGCAACCGGUGUUUUCUUUAGAUAACUACAGAUAUCACAGAUACUCCUCGCCGUCGCUUCCUGACGUGAGCAGUAAUAGAACAAGCCGGGAGGAUAUCAAUGUAUAGUAUAGAGUUGAGAGUACACAGGCCAGGCCACCACAUUAGUGCUUUGGACGUGGGAGCAUAAGCAUAUGAUAUGCUGUGCCUUGACGUUGGAUUCCUUGCUUGCAGCACAGCGAAGGUAACAAAGACUAUUUAUCAUCAUCCUAAUCUUUUACUAAUAGUAUCUGAUAGCACCCGGAUGAUCCUUGUUUUAAUUGUUUUUCUUUUAUAUGUAUUCAUUAUUUAACACACGUGAUGGUGAUUGAGAUGAGUAAAAUAUGUCAAUACUAUAGUUUUUUUCGUU